AUGGACAGUGAUAAUGCAACUGUAUUGUUCACAGGCACGGCAAUAAUAACGACGGCGAUAACUGGAUUAGUCAACGCAUGGGGCAUUAUUGGAAACAUCGUCAUCAUCUUCAUCAUUGCCAGAACCCCUAACAUGAGAGGAUUCUCUGGAGCUCUCAUGAUAAACCAUGCUGUAGCUGACGUCAUUCAGGAAAGUGUUUCACAGAUUGUCGUAUUAUUGUUUGCUGUUGGUCCUCGAAUGGUUCAACUUAACAUAUAUCUUCGACUUGCUCUGUUUAGUCUCAGUGGCGUGGUAUCUCACAGCGUAAGCGCCCUUUCAGUAAACCUGUACCUAGCUAUAUGCAGGCAGCAGCAGUAUAAGCGCUUGGUGACAUGGAAACGGGUCUUUGCCUUCAUGGCUUGUUCCUGGGCCAUCAACAUUGCGAUCAGCAGCCUGUACCAUGUUGUGCCGUCAUUCUACACAGUUGACCUCAACUCACGUUCAGAUAUCCCGUACAUGGAUAUAACGCCCUCCAACUGUUGGUUCUAUCUCCUCCUGGUUCUCAACAUAGUGGUCAUCCCUAUUUGCACUGCAGCGACUUGCUACCUGAGAAUUCGGUCCUUCAUGAAAUGUCCUACCAUGUCCAGCAUGGGUCCUAACAACAUGAAUAAAGUGAAGCUGUCUCAGAUGAUCCACAUCAUCACCAUCAUCUACUUCCUCACCUUCAUCCCCGUCUUUAUCAUCAUGUCCGCCAAGGUUCAGAUGCAAGGCGUCAAGACAGUUAUCUGGGCAGUUAACUCUUCCUAUUACAUCAUCAAGCUGUUUCUUUACCUCAAGCUGUACAAACCUUUCAGAGAGACGGCGAAGGCUAUAUGCUGCAACUCCUGUCAAAACCGCCUAGGUCCCACACAGCAGGGACAAGAUGCCAUUGUCUAA